CUUGUGCACCGUUUAUCGUUUACUUUGACAUGCCACAUCAGUUUAAAACGAAUGUAACAUCGUUUAGAAACAAAUGUGACUGUUGAUAGCUUGGUAACUCAUCUUUUCCUUUAGCAGUCAUCUAACACAAUGUUACGCAGGCCUUGACCCCCUGUGCCCCUCACGUACCGCACCGUUACUCUCUCGAGAUACCCCCUUCUUUAUAAGUUACGCGAUUGAGUAUUUUGACGGCUUCGCGGUUCGCAGAGCAGAAGUAAGAAGCACACGAUCGGAAGUGACAAAAUUCUCGAGAAGUGCAGGCUGCGAAGCUCAUCCGCGUAUUCAUGAGCAUUUUCCGAACCUGAGGGCUGAAAACAACAUUUCGGUCACGGUUCAAUAGCAGUCAGAGAAAGCAUCAUGUGCGAAGCUUCUGAAGAAAUGCAAACCGAACAGUGUGUAGUGAGAUCAGAGAUGGAGCUGGACUCGCUGUGCGACGAUGCCCUGCUGCAGGUGCUGCGCUACCUCAGCCCCGCGGAGCUGUUGGCGUGUCGCUGCGUCUGCACGCGGUGGAGGGACCUGGCGCUGGACCCGUUCGUCUGGCAGGACAAGGGCCUGACUGCCGUCUUUAAGGGAGAACGCGAUGAAAGAUACUUUGGAGUUUGCUGCCAAUUGGUCGCUGCCACCUUGCGGCUGGCCCCUUGCCUGCGCUACCUCUGCGUGGGCGCCGACGGGCUGCACAUGGAUUUCCUGGGCGUGCUCCUGGCCACCACCAACUGCGCUGUGUCUUCGCUCGGCAUGACCUGCAAUCCAAUAGAUGCGCCACUCUGGUCGGUGGUGCUCAGUAGGCAAGCUGCCCUGGGACGGCUGAAACACGUGGAGCUGUGGGUGAAGUCGGACACGGAAGAAAAAUCUCACUUGUGCAGACUACGGCAGCUCCUAGAUCAACUUGUGCACACCCAAGGUCUGAAGUCGCUGGAGAUGCGGGUAGAUAUUCGCCCCGAGUCCUUCCGCAACGCGCCGCGCCCCCUGAAAGCGGCACAGCUGGACGCUAAAGUGACGGCUUCGUUGCGAGAGCUGAUGUACUUAUCGCGUACCGCUUUCGUUGACCCCUACCUGCCCUUGCUUCUGGAGCGGCAUGCGGCCACGUUGGAGGUGGUGCGGCUCGACGUGCAGCACCCGCGUGCAGCCGCCCUGCUCGCCGGCGCGGCCCGCCUGCGCGAGCUGCGCUGCCCCUUGCUGGAAGGCAUGCCGGCCCUGCUGCGGUGCACCGCCCUCACGUCGCUCAGCUUGGUCGUCGGCGAGGACAGGGCGCCCUUGCCCGCCGUCAAGGAGUACCUGCGCUCGGCUGUGGCGCGCCUCGAGAGCCUGGUGCUCAUCUACCCCUACGACGAGGAUCGCGACGAGGACGCGGACGUGGUGCUGAGCCUGGCGGGCACGGGCCGUGCCGCCCCGGCCCUGCGUAGCCUUUCUUUCGUGUUCACGGCCGGACUGGACGAAGAGUGCUUAGCCCACUCGAUGCCCCAAUUACGCCCGCUGACCGCCGUCCUGCCGCGCCUGCAGCACCUCACCCGCCUCUCCUUCAACGGCUUGCUUUUGCGCAGCGACUUCCUGGACGCGCUGGACGGCCAAGUACUGCCGGACCUGGAAGAACUCCGCUUCGACAUGGACGCGCCCUGCCCGCACCAGUGGGCCCACGGCGAGCAGGUGCGACGCCUCUUGCAGCGCUACCCGCGCCUGCACUUGUGCGGCUAUUCCGUUCACGAUGACGACAGUCUCCUGUGCGAGUACUGCAAGCAGCACGACUGCCACUGGUUUGAGUACAUGUCGUGUGUGUUGUUCAGCCACGCGGUGGAAGACAGCUGCGGCGUGGACCACUCGAAGAGCGAAGUGCAGAUGCGUGUCAGUCUGGAAGCUCCACCACUUGGGGAGGCCCCACCUCUGUAGGAGGCUUUACCUCUGGAGGAGGCUCCACCUCUGUAGGAGGCUUUACCUCUGGAGGAGGCUCCACCUCUGGAGGAGGCUCCACCUCUGUAGGAGGCUUUACCUCUGGAGGAGGCUCCACCUCUGGAGGAGGCUCCACCUCUGGAGGAGGCUCCACCUCUGGAGGAGGCUUUGCCUCAGUAGAUGACUUUGCCUCAGUAGAUGGCUUUGCCUCAGUAGAUGUGUUCGUGUCAUCCGCGUCACCGCGCUCAUUUGACGACCAUGCCUACUGUCUUGUUCCGAAAUUCGUAAUGAAUGCAGCAAAGCAGAUGCCAGCGCUUUAUCAGUUGUGUGACUAUAGUUUUACGGCUGGCGACCUUGUUGCUCUCGUGCUACCGACAUAUUUUGUUUUCUUUUUAUUGUUCCAGUUUGGAUUCCUAAUUUGUCUUAGUUAUUUCUUUUCUGUACUGUAUUUAACACUAGAACCGCGGAGGGGGUCAAUUUGACCCCUUUUAAUUUUCGUCAUAAAUUUUUCUGACUUAUUUUUUUCUUCUCGGAUUUGGGGCUUUUUGACUUUUUAUAAAUACCAGAAAAGAACAUUUGGGUGAAAUUUCGGCUCUGUCGGACCAUUUUUGUGGGCGUAGGACAACAAUAUACCUAGAACCGCGGCAGGGGUCAUUUUGACCCCUGUAUUGUUUGCACUCAGGAAGUUCGAAUUUUGGCAAUAAAAAAAGCGUCACAAGCGUCAAUUUUAGUGGUGAAUCAUUUGGGAGUGCUAUGGACUGCCCUGGGAGACCUAACUUGGCCAACGGCAUAGGCGACCCGCCGAGCAAACGCCUAAAUGUAUGCAAGAUGCGUGUGUUCCGCGUAAGGUAUCUGUAGAAUAAAAAAAUCUCAUUCAACGAACGUUAAUGAAAGCAGAUGAUACUCGUUUGGUUUUCUUCGAGGUAGUAGUUCGGGCUUUUUUAUAACUGUGUAUGAAAUAAAUAGAUAGCCCAAUAAUAUACAUGGA